GGAACAGGCUGCGCCCGGGAACCCGCAACUGCAGCUAAAACCUGGUGGAUAUUGUGUGCAACUUGGGUGGAACUUGGCGCCAAAAUCAGCGGCGGUGGUUCUGCGUUGGAUGCUGCUAGUGCUGAUGUAAAGCUUAUUUAGUGCUGACUUGGUGCUAAUUUCGCGAUUAUCAGUGCUAAUUAAGUGGAGUGAUUCCUGGGGCUGGUGCAACCGAACGGCAAUGUUCUGAAUUCUCAAGAAGCCUCGAAAGACUGAGUGUUGUGAUAUCAUGGCGUCAUCUACGACCAUCACCGUGCGGAACAUCUCCUCGCUGAACCCGCUGAAGCGGAUCAAGUUCAAGGAGAACCAGGUGAUCAUCCCGAUCGGGAACGGAAACUUCAGUGAUGAUGAGUUUGACGACCUUGAAAACGGACCGGUUCUCAAGCGGAAAAUUCCACUGGGGACGCUCGGAAGCAUCGAGAACGUCAUGUUCGGCGAGGGUCAACGGAAACCUUUGGGUCAGCUUCAAAUCGGAAGUCCGGCGCCAGCUUCCGGAGGUCCCGGACGGCGUAAGAACGCCGACGCCAAAUCUGCCAUCACGGCCGUUGAACGGCGGAACGCCCGCGAGCGUAACCGCGUCCAGCAGGUCAACAACGGGUUCGCAGCUCUUCGACAGCGCAUUCCGGAGGAGAUCGCCGAAGCGUUCGAGUCCGGCAACACCCGCGGAGUACACAAGAAGCUCAGCAAGGUGGAGACGCUUCGAAUGGCUGUUGAAUACAUCAAGUGCCUAGAACAGAUGCUCACGUUGGACCCGGAAAAGGAGGGCAGCUCACUGAAGUUCACACCGCAGCUUCAACAACCCCAGGAGUCCCUACUUCCAGCAACCCCACCACCGGAACCAGUUCAGUCCAACAACUUCUUCCUUGCAAUCAAACCACGUGCCAUCGGAAACUCCACCGGAGCGUCCCUCGACCAGACCCAGAUCACCAUCAUCAACGGGCACCAGUACAUCCGGAUCCCCGGGACCAACACCUUCCAGUACCUGGACCCGGAAAGCCUCUACGACGAGUCCCAGAACGACAGCUCGUUCUUCGCCGACGGCAGCUCCGUCGUCGACGCCCAGGACGCCAUCCUAGAGGACUCGAGCGACCUUGCCAGCGAGUGCGCCAUCGCGCUCUCCCCCCAGAGCAACUUCACGCUGGAACCGCCGGAGGUCGCUACUCCCGAGGCUUCCAAGUACGUCUCGAUGAUCCAGCAGCAGCAGUACGCCGACAUCAUGAUGAUCAAGAGCGAGCUCGAGGAGGACGUCAACGAGCAGCAGGAGCUGCUCCAGCAGACCGCCAACGAUCCGAGCUUCCUCGAGUCGAUGAACUGGUUCGAGAGUCACCAGCAGCUGCCGGUCGACUGAACCAAACCUAGCGCUAGUGUUAAACCGUUGUACAUAGGAUUAUUUAUUUAAAAAACGAAAUCGAAAUCGAAUUUUAUUAUUCUAAUUAUACGAAAAUUUAAUUUAUUAGCCUUCAUUGCUCUUUUUCUGUGUCCCACAAAUGGAUCA